GAACAAGGUCAAGAAGUCCAUUCAAAGAACCCGGCAAAGAUAGGAACCAGCGCAAGUAGAAAUUGUCUGAGUUGUAGAUUAUGAUACUAAGAAAGUAAACAGUUUUGAUUGGACGACCACGCAGGAGGACGCUGCGUCUGAAGUUUACAAAAGCAGAGGUUGUACCAUGGUAAUGUGUUCUCAUCAUGAUAUGUGUGGAGGAGCACAUGUUCAUUUUUACAUGUGCCUAAAAAGAACGUAAACGAGUGAUGAUACCCUCCACAGAGCCUUGGCUUUAUGGGCGCAGGAUUUAUCGCAACAACGAGUGACAUCACAGAUGACGGUGUGCGAGGACCACGAUAUCUUUGUUCCAAAGUCCGGUUCCCGUUUUUUGGGGAAUGCAAUCAUUCGGUUUUUCCCAGCGUUUAGAUUGAUCGAGGUUACGUUCCCAUUAUGAUGAUGCAGAUACGGAGGGAUCCCAUACGCCUGGAUCACACAAUGACCCUUGUAGCACUUUGAUAUAGUUCGUCGCUCUUUUAGUAUAAAGUUACGCCGAGCUUGUUUUUAUCAGAUCCAUUAGACUGGGCGAGCUCCUUUUGAUGUUACAGGCGUAAGUAGCCUGUCCAACAAUUGCCUGUAUCCCAUCUUCGUGGUGCAGUAAACAUUUCCUGACUUUUGGGUAUACUUCUGAAUAAUUCAGGUUGGCAAUAAUUCUAUUUUGAAAUCAGAUAGCAAGUGUUGGAUAAUCGAUUCAUUGUUGUUCUUGAUUGUAUAUUAGACUAAAAACGAGAAAAAUAUGUUCGGAGCAGUGGGAUCAAGCGCGGCUUCCCGCGUGGGAGCGGGUCGGCUCUCUUUCGGAUGCUCGAAUCUCUUUUCGGGUGGAAGCGUUUCGUCCUCUAGCGCCCGACAGCAGCAAAGUAGAGGUAUCAUGACCAUUUGUGGUCGUGGCGGAACGAGUGGAUUAGCGAUGUCAAGAAGAGGUGUUGUGAGCCGCGAUAUAUCUGCGACGACAAAGAGCCUCAGUUCGCCAUUGGGGAACGACAAGAAGAUGAACACCGGACGUAAUACUAGUUGGCGUCCAGCCGGUUUGCAGAAACGUAGUUUUGCAGCAUCGACAGACGACCCUUCGCAUGCAAAAAUCAAAGAACUCGUUGACAAGAAUCGUAUUUUUGAUUUCAGCCAUUGCCUGCUGUUUCGUCAAUUUUCUUAACCAAUUAAGUGCCUUUCUCUUAGAAACAUGCUAAUCGCUCCAUUCAUUAUCAAAAAUAUUCUUGGAUAUCAUCAUCAUCAGAUCAAUAUCUACAAAAAUUUCAGCUGUGUUGCUUUUUAUGAAGGGUAACCCGAUUUUUCCGCAAUGUGGAUUCUCGAGGACUGUCUGUGAGGUGCUGAAACGCGAAGGCCUAGAGGGGAAAUUCCAUUCUGUUAACGUCCUUGAAAACCCAGACAUUCGAGAGGGCGUCAAAAGUUUCAGCGACUGGCCGACGAUACCUCAAUUGUAUUUUGAAUUUCAACAUUACUUGGAAAGUGAAGAUAGUCCUAGUAAAACGAAUUUACUUGUUCUUGAUAUGACGAAUUUUUGUUGUUGUUGUUGUUGUAGGAAUGGGAAUCUUUCUCUUACGAAUGUUGCACAGAAAUACAAUUUACAAGUUAGGAGGCUCCUUGUAUCCACCACCCACGACCGAAAAAAAUUAGGUACGUAAACGGGGAGUUCGUCGGCGGGUGCGAUAUCGUACUCGAGAUGCAUCGUCAAGGGGAGCUGAAGGAUGUGCUGAGUAAAAAAGCAUAAGAUGAAUCAUUGUCGUAGGCAAGGUCUCGGCACCUCCGCGGUCGCGAUGAGUCCUCAGCCUCGGGUUCCUUUGUCGCACUCUCAUGAUCAGCAUUUUGCUAGAGCCGCGAUAUCAUAAUUUGGUAUAUUGCGAACGAUUGUACUCGCAAUGUGAAGCUCUUUCGCGUAUUUUUGGUCAGAUAUGAUUCAGAUUCAGAUUGUCAUCAUGUGUCGAGAUGAUGCAUCGACCGGGAUUUUGACACGAUACAGCGACACAUCUCCCCAUCAGACUUGAGAAAGAAAAACAUAAAGAACGCUGACGACGAGCCUGACUCCAUCAUCAAAGACGACAACUUCAUUCCACCGAGAACUCUCAUUUUCCUAUGAAUGCCUAAGCCGAAAGAACCCUAAGCACUGGUAGUUUUUCUAUCGGUUCAUCAAGGACCACACGAUACCAGGACAUCUUACCUUUGAAGGCGGGCGUUACGUUCUACUUACCUCUGUUUAGAGUUGGACAACACGCACUCAUACUCGAGAUGAUUUGUUGUUUCUAUACCGCACGCUUUCAAGAGAGUCGAGUGCGUCCAGGUUCAAUGGAGCAGGUCAAGCGAAAAAGUGCCAGACUGUCUGUACCAAAUCAAUGCUUGUACUAAAUUCGUUUCACG